GCAGUGCUACUUGUGGUUAGUUCAAGGGGCAGUUAGUUCUACUGGCAGUUAGUUCUACUUGCUGUUAGUUCUACUUGCAGUUAGUUCUACUUGCAGUUAGUUCUACUUGCAGUUAGUUUUACUGGCAGUGCUACUUGUGGUUAGUUCAAGGGGCAGUUAGUUCUACUGGCAGUUAGUUCUACUUGCAGUUAGUUUUACUGGCAGUGCUACUUGUGGUUAGUUCACGGGGCAGUUAGCUCUACUGGCAGUUAGUUCUACUUGCUGUUAGUUUUACUGGCAGUGCUACUUGUGGUUAGUUCACAGGGGCAGUUAGUUCAAUAUGCAUUAAGUUAUGAUUUUGUUUAGUUUCAUUGGCAGGUAGUCUGUAUGAAGGGAUGAAGUGUGUUCAUUUUGGAAUGUGUUCCGUUUAAAGAGAGUUAUUUCUGAAAGUCAGAUUUGUUAGAACUUGAGCUUAGUCGUUUGAGAACUUAAAAAAAAAAAUUUUUUUAAAAAGAAAGAAAUAUGGGGAAAUAAAAUAAAUUGAAAUUAUUUUGUUCUCCUCCGUGCCCCUCGGCCCCAAAUCCUCCAAAACUGUAUUGUGACCUAACUUAUCUCGGACUGUCCAGAAAUCAGUUUGAUGCUUUGAAAUGCGUUACAUUUGUGUCGCUAAUUGACAAUACUUGAAUAUGUUCACAAGACUCGGAUACCAAACGUUGAUUUUUACAUUAGUAUUUCAUUGUUGAACUGAUAUCAAACAUUGAAAGUGAGAAACUCUGGCUAGAAUUUCUGUCACGUGAUGCUGGUGCGUGCGCAGGUUAAAGCAGAUCUCGUUAGGUCUCACGGGACUUCUGGCAACUGUUGUUUCCCUAUGCAAGAAAAAAAACACAGCAAUGAAAUACAUUUUUUAAAAUAAAAUCCUUUAGCAAACAGAACACGAGAGUUCUUAUCUUAAGUGUGUGCCAUCCAAAUUACGCGUGGAACGUAAACUUCCAGAAUGGAUCAACUUACAGCAUUGUUAACCUGUGUGCUACUAACACAUUUAGGUAUUUGAACGAAUUCUAUACUUACUUUUUAAAAAGUUUAUAGCCACAAACGUUCUCAUAUACUGUAUGGUCGAAAUUUACUAAACAUAGAGGCACUUAAUAUAACGAGACAUAAAGAAUUUUACUUUUGUGCUGAUCAAUACUUAGGAUAUAAUUGAUUUUCAGGUGACCCGGCCCCCAAAAACUACGCCUUAGUUCUGCAACUUAGCACAAAAACAAAUCAUUUAUUUUGACUCGAAUUAGUGGGUUGAUAAGCUGAUUGUAUGAUAAGAAAUAAAAUAGAUUAAUAAAACAGUCGUAAAGAGAGGCUCACCAGACACUUUCAUUUAAAUGUACUUCUUUUACGAGAUCAUGUGCUCAAAAUAUUUGAAGGGAAGUCAGCGAAGAACGACUUGUAACAACAGAUUGUCAUCUAGCAUUUUAGACAGAGUUACGUAAGAAAUGUAGCGUCACUUGGAAAGAUUCUAAAAUUGUCUAAAAAAGGAAAAGAAAAUAUGCAUCAUUAAUUUUUAUGAUAUGUUUGUAAACGUAUCUCCAGUGACUGGCCAAACCUUCAUCGACUGCCCUGACAGUGUACCCAAGGACCACUUCCUCCUGGUGCACGGUGACUCUUGUUUCCAGUUCCUUCUCAGCCGUCUUCGCACGCACUCCGUCGCCAGGUCUGACUGUGAAAGCCGCGGCGGGACCCUGGCCAUGGUUAAGUCUGCAGACAUUCAAUCAUUCCUCUAUCGGGAGCUUAACACCACGUUCAGAUCUUUCACUGGCAAAUUCUGGAUCGGCCUAAAUGACAUCGACAAGGAAGAUGUGUUUAAGUGGGAGGAUGGUUCGGCCUUGAACUUCACAAACUGGAACACCGGACAAGGUCCAAACUCGGGCUCAUGGAGCCACUUGGUGAGCCACAAUGAGAACGACUGUGUGGUACUGAAUAUGGAGUACGGCGGUAAGUGGUCGGAAUAUCCUUGCGAGUCCUCGAUGCUUUUGUCAAACCCACAAGUUGCAGAACAUCCGUUCAUUUGUCAAUACAAGCUACCGCCACGCGUUAUGUCAACGGUGCCCACAUCGCCCACCACAGAGGCCCUGCUGACCGACACAUCGGUGGAUACAGGACCAGGAUCCACGGAUUUAUCAGAAGGACUUAAGACUACGGUGUCGUCUUUAUCACCAGCACCGGAAAUCACGAAGUCUUCUACAUAAGCAUCACGAGAUGACACGAUGCCUCCUGUUUCAAAACUUUGCCCUCUGUUUCCAAACCUUUCCACGUGUUUCCAAAAAUUUCCCUCUGUUUCCAAACCUUUUAUCCUAUUUGCAAACUUUGCGUCCUCUUUCCAAAUCAUGCCACAUGUUUCCAAAACUUUUCACCUGUUUCCAAACCUUUCUCUCUGUUUCCAAACCUUUCUCUCUGUUUCCAAACAUUGCCUCUUGUUUGCAAACCUUUAAACAAUUAGCUUGAACUUUGUGGCGAAUGCGAUAAGGUUAUAAUAAAAUACUACCAGCUACUGUACUGUGUUUGAAUGGAUUUACAUUUGACAAUUAAACGAUAGG